AUGGCUUCCUCGAGUUUCUUACGUCUCCAAUUCCCAAAGGCCCCCCCUUCCCUGCGGCCCAUCAGCACCUCCUUCCCCGCCGCCGCCCCCUCCCAUCUCCGUUCCACCGGAGGGGCCUCGCCUCUGCUCCCUUCUUCCCGGCUCGUAUCCACCUUUGCUCCCGCCGGUCCAGUUCCCCGCGAAGCUGGCAAUGCGGUGGCCUUCAGCAUGGGAUACAACGUGCAGGUGGUCGUCGUGGAGGACGAGCCCGACGAGGUGCUGCUCCGGCGAUUCCGGAGGGAGGUCACCAAGGCGGGGGUGAUUCAGGAGUGCAAGCGCCGGAGGUUCUUCGAGAACAAGCAGGAAGAGAAGAAGCGCAAGGCCCGCGAGGCUGGGCGGAGGAACCGCAGGAGGUAAUUGCAAACUAAAAAAUUCUAAAUCACGCUAGCGUAUAUUGCUGACCAUUUUUUCUCGUCGAGAACCCAAGGAAGCAUUUACUCGGUCGUGUUUCUGCUUUCUCCUAGCGCUACAGUAGUGAUAUUUCAGAUCGGAAAAAUCUAGCUGAUGGACUCUGUGAAAAGACUUGAUCCUUGGGGGGUAGCACAGUAAAUGGAGCCCGGCUUCAUCGUAAUGCGUAGCAGUUUCUUAAUUCUCGAUGGCGCAAAAAGAAGCACCCUUUUGCAAGUUCAUAAAUAUUAAACUAUCCACGAAAAUAAGUAAAAAUGCAGCUCAUUUAGACCGACUAUUUGACGGGGAUUGCAUUUUCUUUGCGCAAUAGGUUCUGAUUUCUCAGUGGUACAAGGAACGGUGUUUUUUUCUAGGUCAUAACUUAAAGUGCGAUAAAUGUCAAAAAAAUUGGCUCACUCAGACGUAUCAUUUGAUGCAGAUCUGAUGGUAUUUUAAACACGUAGUUUGCUACAUACCCGAACUUUCAGCUGCUACUUAUGAACAGAAAGAUAAAUAUUCGUACGAGAACUCUUCUCUGUCUUCCAGGAGUAAUUUAGAUGGUAUGAAAUGAGAAAUCAGAAAAAACUGAACUCCGUUGGCCUAUCUAGCUUUAGACUGUACUCAGUCCUUCAGUUUCAUGAUUCUCCAACCUAUCAAUUAGGCGUAUUUGCUACUACUGUUGAACUUACAAAAAAAAAAAAAAAAAAAGAAGGACGUUGGCUCUCAAUUAGUUUUGUCUAAAUUUUCCCACUAUUUUCAGUUAAAAGGACAAGUGGUUUUAUCAAACAGGAACCUGCUUUGAGUUGGCACAGAGGAUACCAUGUGGCUUAAGAGAAAACCUGAUUCUGACAGGAAACAAUACUUGUUGAGAUCUGCUCCUAGAAUUCUUUAAAGGUCGAUUAUAUGACCUUCCUUCUGGAUUAGAGCCCAGGGAGCCUGAUUAUUUGUAUGAGAUCUUUGCUAUCAUCCUCAUCACAGAGACCAUAAAUCCAACGCUUGCAUCAUUCCUUUAUAAUUAAAUAUCUUUUGGAACGUGAACUUGUUAUUGAAGUCGAGGAACAAAAAAGAAGAAAGUAGCACCCUAUAUGAAUCCAAUCAUCGUUCUCAUUCCAGUAUUAAUUGAGCAGUUUCUCUGAACUUCCUUUUUAGAAGGUGGUACAAAAGAGACGAUGCCCAUUAUGACCAAAGAGAUCACUCACAAAGAAUUUCAAAAACCCUGCCUUCGUUUUGCCAGAAGUUAAAACCCUUCAGCAUGAAUUAAAGAAUUAUUUAGUCUAAAUUUGCAGUGGUUGCACAAUCCUUCACUGAGAAAUUUCAUGCGGAUGAAAGAUUUUGUCUCUGGACAGACAUCCUGUCUUCGUUUUUGAGAGAUAAUUUUUACCCUUAUCUGUGGAUAUCUGAACUUAAUUUUUGGAGUAGUUGGAAAAGUCAUCCCGUGCCAACAUCAGUCAUCUCAAAGCUUAAAGCUGUACUAUCUCCAACUUGGAAAAUCCCACUCGCUUAUGGUUUAUCAAAGUUGAUUUGUGGACUAUCUGCGUAGUCAAAAAGUCUAAGAGAUGCUGCCACCACUGUAUUCCUCCUGCACAAGUCUAAAACUCUGUAUUCCUCCUGCCUGACCUUCUUCUUCAACCUUUUUUUCUACAAAUUUGUGUUGCGCUAUCGCAAUGAAGAUGAUCAAAGACUUGAUUUCCUUCUAUCAAACAAGUUAUCCUUAAAAAGAAGUCAUUAUUUUCUCAUUUAUACGAACGAAUAAACUGUCCUUACAUAGGCAUUAUAAUACCUGGUUAAUAACCUUUUGUGUGAUUCCCAUAAAAAAAGGGAUGCCUGAAGGCCUCCAAAUUGUCUCACUGCCUCUAUAAGGUCUUUGCAAGUCGCUUUUGAUUACUUUAGGUGGAAAGCCAAGGGGAUUCCAUCUAGGACUGAUGAUUUGCUAGGAUCUAUACUGAAGAUGGCGUAUCUCCCUCUUCAUUCAUCUAUACCCUUGACACUUUUCUGGCAGCUGAAGGAAAAAAAUGCAUUGAUAUGUCAGUGUUGAAGAUUUGGGAUAAUGCCCAAAAGAGAAGAGGUUUACAUCUUUUGCUUCAAUCUGGAAGCAUUGUAUCAACUGAUCCCUAUGUCUGUUGCCCACUCAGUUUUCAAAUACUGAAUACAGACCCAAGGAACAUGCCCAAAAAAUAAAUAAAAAAAACAUAAAAAGGAGAUGCCAUGAACAGGGAUCUAUGGAAUAAAGAGUUGCCUCUGUAUGAAGCUUCGGGUGACGGACAGAAUUCAUUUGAUAUUAGCGUAAAGGUAUGACGUGUGUGUUUAAGUCUUUUGACUCAGCCUGCAUUUUGGUGCGGUCUCAACCCAUGCAUUCAUAUUUGGCAUUCAGGUUUCUUUUUGAAGUUUUGCAUUGAGGAAUUCUAUGUAGCCAUCGAAAGUUUUCUGUCCUUCUUUGGUUACCUUCGCUCCCUUCUUAAUGAUUCAAUUCUGACUUUCCUCCUCUGUUAACGUCUUUUCAGAGCAUGGUGUUAAUGAACUACUUGAAGCCAUUGUGAAUCGCCUUUCCUCGUAUCUUAAUGGAACCAGUUCUUAGUUCCUCUUCUGCCAUCAUCUACAGUAUCAAAAAUUUUGUUUUCUGAUUAUUUUCCUAAUCCAUUGUUCAUGGCACCCUGUAUUUCUCUCAAGGGUGUAUUCCCCCCCUCUAGAUCUUCCACUUAAUGUCAGAGGUCUUCCCUUACGAUAUUUUCUAUUGCAGAAUUCUUGUCCUGAUCUCAUGAUUGGUUUCUGCUCCGCCCGAGUUUGUGAAGGAAGCUUGUGUUUCUGUUCUAUCCUUCCAGGAACUCAUUACCAAUUCAUUUGACCGUCAGUUUCAUAUCUUAAGAAUCCAUUGGUUUUAGAUCUUUGGGUUACCCUCUGGAGGAAUGUCAAAAUUUAAUCUUGUCAAAUCAUUUGGCAACACCUGAGGGAAAUUUCCUAAUCUCAAUGGCGCCAUUAAUAACGAGACCCAUGUUAUGUGCGGACUCCGUUUGCACACAUAUUUCACUAUUUGCUUGGAAAGCCCCUUACACAUAUAUAUAUAUCAAGAAUCCUAAUCUUGAAAAGCUGGAUCCUACUUAUUGAGUCUUGGAUUUGAGAUCUGUUGAUUUUUUAAUAUUUCUUAUUUUCUGUUCACCGAGGAUUAUUAUAUAUAUAUAUAUGGGAAGAGAAUAGUUCUUUUGAUUCAGGGUUAUCCUCAGAAAUGAAAAUCUGUAACCCCAUUAAAAGCCGGAAAAAAUUGACGACCAUUAACUUGAUUCUUCCCAGACGAUCCGGCCCGAGGACUAAUUUUGCGCCGACCUCAUCAAAGUCAGAUGGUUCCAAGAAGGUGGCAGAGGAUGCAGAUGACAACUGGGAGAUGCCAGAGGAGAGCCUUUCUUUUUGA